GUAAGCUGUAAGUUUUCUCAUUCUCUUUCCAAUUAGUCGGCUUUCUCCUUCCGUUUGACCUUGACUCUGGACAAAUUUCAAGCUUUUGUAGAAGUGUGGGCAAAUUCCAAACUGGAUGAGCUGGAAAAAGAUUGGAGUACAUGAAACAUCUUGUAAAGGGGAACUGUGAAACUCCACCUGCAGAAAAUGGCCACCGAGGGGAAGGCCUCUAAGGAGAGGAUUCCUGCAUUUGACUAUGAUUUACUCCCAGAGCUGAGUACCCUUCUGGGCAUAGAUGCAGUUCAGAUGGCAAAGGAAAUGGAAGAAAAUGAAGAGGAAAUCCGAGCAAAAAUGCAGAAAGGUUUUAACUCAGAAAUGCGCAGUGAAGCCAAAAGGUUGAAGACUUUUGUGACCUACGAAUCCUACAGCUCAUGGACACCACCCGAGAUGGCAGCCGCUGGGUUCUACUUCACUGGGGUAAAAUCUGGGGUUCAGUGCUUCUGCUGUAGCUUGAUCCUCUUUGGUACCAGCCUCAGGAAAUUCCCCAUAGAAAACCACAAGAAAUUCCAUCCACAUUGUGAGUUCCUUCUGGGUAAAGAUGUUGGUAACAUUGCCAAGUACGAUGUAAGGGUAAAGAAUCCAGGGAAGAAGCUGAGAGGGGACAAAGCAAGGUACCAAAAUGAGGAGACCAGACUCGAAUCCUUCAAGAAAUGGCCGUUUUAUGCCCGUGGGACAUCCCCACAUGCCCUCUCAACCGCUGGCUUCGUCUUUACAGGUAAAAGGGACACAGUACAGUGUUUUUCCUGUGGUGGAUGCUUAGGAGACUGGGAAGAAGGAGACAAUCCUUGGAAGGAACAUGCCAAGUGGUUCCCCAAAUGUGAAUUUCUUCAAAGUAAGAAAUCCUCCGAGGAAAUUGCCCAGUAUAUUGAAAAUUACAAGGGAUUUGUUGAUGUAACGGGAGAACAUUUUAUGAAUUCCUGGGUCAAAAGAGAAUUGCCUAUGGCUUCUGCUUAUUGCAAUGACAGUGUCUUUGCUAAUGAAGAACUACGGCUGGACACAUUUAAGAAUUGGCCCCACAAAUCACGUCUGAGAGUUGCAGCUCUGGCUAGAGCAGGUCUUUUCUAUACAGGUAUAGAGGACAUGGUCCAGUGUUUUUCCUGUGGAGGAUGUUUGGAGAAGUGGAAGGAAGAGGACGACCCAUUUGAAGAUCACACCAAGUAUUUUCCCAAUUGUCCGUUUCUCCAAAACAUGAAGUCUGCUGCAGAAGUGAUUCCAGACCUUCAGAGCCAUGGUGAACUUCCUGAGGAAACUACAACUGAAAGCAAUCUUGAAAAUUCAGAAGCAGUUAAUUCUACAGGGCCAGAAGUGGCACAGGGUGAAACCCAGUGGUUUCAAGAGGCAAAGAGUCUGAGUGAGCAACUGAGAGCAGUCUACACCACUGCCAGUUUCCGCCACAUGUCUUUGCCUGAACUCUCUUCCAAACUAGCCACUGACCACUUGCUGGGUUGUGAUCUGUCCAUCAUUUCAAAGCAUAUCAGCAGCACUGUGCAAGAACCCAUGGUGUUGCCUGAAGUCUUUGCCAACUUGAAAUCUGUCAUGUGUGUGGAAGGCGAAACUGGUAGUGGAAAGACAGUCCUACUAAAGAAAAUAGCUUUUCUCUGGGCAUCAGGAUGCUGUCCUCUGCUGAACAGAUUCCAGCUGGUCUUUUACCUCUCCCUUAAUUCUACCAGACGGGACCAGGGGCUAGCCAGCAUCAUUUGUGACCAACUCCUAGAGACAGAAGGAACUGUUACUGAACUAUGCUUGAUGAACAUCAUCCGGCAGUUAAAGAAUCAGGUGUUAUUUCUUUUGGAUGAUUACAAAGAAAUGUGUUCAUUCCCUCAAGUCAUAGAAAAACUGAUUAAAAAAAACCACUCAUUACGGUCCUGCUUGUUGAUUGCCAUCCAUACAAACAGGGCCAGGGACAUCCGCCGAUACCUAGACACAAUUCUAGAGAUCCAAGCGUUUCCCUUUUAUAAUACUAUCUUUCUAUUACGGAGGCUCUUUCCACAUAAUAUAACCCGUCUGCAAAAGAUUAUGGUUCACUUUGGAAAGAAUAAAAAUUUGCAGGUAAUUCAGAAAACUCCCCUUUUUGUGGCAGCAAUCUGUAUAAACUGGUUUCAAUGUCCUUUUGACCAGUCCUUUGAUGAUGUGGCUGUCUUCAAAUCCUAUAUGGAGUGCCUUUUCUUAAAGCACAAAUCUACAGCUGAACUUUUCAAAGCAAUUGUGUCUUCCUGCGGUGAGCUGGCCCUGAAAGGGUUUUUUUCAUCUUGCUUUGAGUUUAGUGGCGAUGAUCUUGCAGAAGUAGGGGUUGAUGAAGAUGAAGAUCUAACCAUGUGUUUAAUGAGUAAAUUCACAGCCCAAAGACUGAGACCAGUCUAUCAGUUUUUAAAUCCAACAUUUCAAGAAUUUCUUGCUGCGAUAAGGCUGAAUGAACUCCUGGAUUCAGAUAGGCAGGACAAUCAAGAUUUGGGACUUUACUAUUUGAAACAAAUUAAGUCACCCAUGAUGGCUGUAUAUCCCUAUGAGAAUUUUUUGAACUAUGUCUCCAGCCACCCUUCAUCAAAGGCAGGGCCAAAACUUGUGUUUCAUCUGCUUCAUUUGGUGGAUAAUAAAGAAUCAUUGGAAGAUAUGUCAGAAAAUGAUGACUACCUGAAGCACCGUCCAGAUAUUUCAGCGAAUAUGGAAUUUUUUAGGAUAAUAUGGCAAAUGACUCCAGACUCUUACUUUUCCCUGGUUUCAAAACAUUUAUUGGUUCUUGCCCUAAAAAUUGCUUAUCGAAGCAACAGUGUUGCUGCAUGUUCUCCAUUUAUUUUGGAAUUCCUUCAAGGGAGAACACUGACUUUGGAUGUACUUAAUUUACAGUACUUUUUAGAUCACCCAGAAAGCCUGUUAUUGUUGAAGAGUAUUGUUGUCUCCAUACAAGGAAAGAAAAGGACAAAAUUUCCAAAUUUUUCAUCCCUGGAAGCAUGUUGGGACAAAUUACAGGCACCAACUAUAGAUCAGGACUAUGCUUCUGUCUUUGAAUCUAUGAAAGAAUUUGAGCAAAAUAUAGCUGAAAAGGAAGAGAAGAUAAACAGUUAUCUGGAUUUACAACACAGGGCACUACCAGACAUCAGUGCUGGCUACUGGAAACUGCCUUCCAAGCAGUACAAGAUUCCCCUGCUGCAAGUCCAGGUGACCAGUAUGGAUGCUGUGGAUCAGGAGAUGCUCAGGGUUCUAAUGAUAGUUUUCUCAGCUUCACAGCACAUUGAACUCCAUUUAAACCACAGUAGUGGCUUUAUUGAAAGCAUCCGCCCAGCUCUAGAGCUGAAUAAGACCUCUGUCACCAAGUGCUCCAUAGAGCAGUGUGAGCUCUGUGCCCCAGAACAGGAGCUGCUUCUUGCCCUGCCUUCCCUGGAAUCUCUUAACAUCUCAGAGACAAUCCAGCUACCAGAUCAAAUCUUUCCUAACUUGGACAAGUUCCUGUGCCUAAAAGAACUGUCAGUGAAGCUAGCUGACAAACCAAACGUUUUUUCAGUCAUUCCUGAAGAAUUCCCAAACCUCCACCAUAUGGAGAAAUUAGUGAUUCAUAUUUUAGCUGAAAAUAAUUCUUCCAAACUAGUCACAUUGAUUCAGAAUUCUCCUAACCUUCAUGUUUUCCAUCUGAAAUGUGAGUCCUUUUCGGAUUUUGAGUCUCUCAUGACUGCACUCACUUCUUGUGAGAAACUUGAAGAAAUUUGGUUUUCUGGAUCAUUUUUUAAAGCCAUCCCAUUUGUCACCAUUUUGCCAAAUUUUAUUUCUCUGAAGAUAUUAAAUCUUGAAUACCAACAAUUUCCAGACAAGGAAGCAUCUGAAAAAUUUGCCUAUACUUUAGGUUCUCUUAAUCACUUGGAAGAGCUGAAGCUUCCUACUGGAGAUGGGAUUCGUCAAGUGGCAAAAUUGAUCAUCCAGCAGUGUCAGCAGCUUCAAUGUCUCCGAGUCCUCUCCUUUUACCAGACUUUGAAUGAUGACAGCGUGAUGGAAAUUGCCAAGGUUGCAAUCAGUGGAGGCUUCCAGAAACUCGAGAACUUAAAUCUUUCAAUCAAUCAUGAGAUUACAGAGGAAGGAUUCAGAAAUUUCUUUCGGGCACUGGACAACCUGCCAAACUUGCAAGAAUUGACUAUCUCCAGACAUUUCACAGCCUGUAUCAAAGCUCAGGCCACCACUGUCAAGGCUUUGAGUCAGUGUGUGUCACGCCUGCCAAACCUCACCAGGCUUCAAAUGUUAAGUUGGCUCCUAGAUGCAGAAGACAUGGCAUUGCUUAAUGCCAUGAAACAAAGACAUCCUAAAUCCAAACACCUAAUUAUUAUAUGGAAAUGGAUACUGCCAUUCUCUCCAGUCAUUCAGAAAUAAGCAAUUCAGCUAAGAAAUGCUGAAUCAAGAAAUAUUUUGGCUGGGCGUGGUGACACACCUAUAAUCUCAGUGACUCAGGAGGUUGAGGCAGGAGAUUUGAAAG